AUGUGCCUCCCUUCCUUCCGUCGCAAGAAGCAGGCCCCUGCCCCCGUCGAGCAAACCUUCAACGUCUUGAAUCGCGACCUUACCCCUGCGGUACUCACCAAGCACAACGCUGUUCAUGGUGGGCCGGCGAACACAAACAGCGCAGUCACGGAAUGGUCGUACAACAGGACAUCCGCCAAGUACACAGGUCCUGCCUACACCAGGCAUAGUCCGAAACGCUAUCGUUCGGACAAUUACGGUUAUGGGGGAGGCGGUUCCUAUGGCGGCGAUGGAGGUGGUGGGGGUUCAGGCGGCGACGGCGGUGGAGGUGGCGGAGGCGGAGGUGGUGAUGGUGGUGGUUGUUGA